AUGGCUCAAAGUGUUGGUGAUUUGAACUUUCGAUGCCAUUUAAAUGCAAACCGAGAAUCAGAUAGUGUUAUUAGUCUGAUAAACAUAUACAAUAAUUCCACCGAUGAGGAAAAAAAGUUGUUGUCAAAAGAAUGCAAAAUCCAUUUCGAAUGUUGUUGCUGCGGCAAUUUUUUUCUCAAUCAUUUGGAUCUUUUGACGCAUAAACGUAUCUAUUGCCAUCCAAUAUAUUCGACUGCUGCAUUAUCAUACAGUGCUGUGACUCCAGAUUUUACUGAGAAAGCACAUACAGAACCUGAAAACGACGAUCAUGCUAAAAAAGAAAGAGCAUUAUCACAGCAACAAAACAAAGGAGAGACAGGGACAUCCUUCGACACGAAAACUGACUCACAGUCUCCAAAACGUGCCAAAAUCAUUCUUAAGCGAACAAACGUUAUCGACGUUGUCAACAAACACACGAAACAUUGUACUUUACCACAACAAAAUUCGGAACACAAAUUGGAAUUACAUACAUCACCCCGUAUUUCACGUGAUAUGACAACAACAACGUUUGUAGAAGGGCAACAGAUUAUGGAAUCAAUCCCACAUGCGCUGGUAGAUACAAUACCGCCGGAUCGCGUUUUUAUUCCACAGGAUAGUUCAAGUCGUUAUCGAGAAAUGUCUUUAGAUUGUAAUCUCAAAGAUGAUAGCUCAAAGAAUGGUAUCGCUCGAAAAAUUGAAUCGGAAGAACUUAAAAUUUUGGAACGCAUAGGCAAAUAUCAAACAAUGGUGGUCGAUCUGAGCUCGCUUAGUUGCUCACACAGUGACUGCAAGGAAAAGCAACCGUUCUCAUCACUCUUCACGUUUGCUUAUCAUCUUACAGUGAAGCAUAAUCGCCGUGCAACAUCGAACAAACGAAUCCCGUGUUAUCUAUGCGAUUUUGAAUUUCAGA